CCCACUUUAAAUGGGUAAGUCAGAAUCACUAAACAACUGUUACACUAAUUUAACAGUUGCAGUCAUUCAUUUAACAACUUGGCAAGAAAGAUUAUAAAAUGGGGCAAAAUUCACUUGACAACUGUCUCACUUAGCAACAGAAAGUUUGGGCUCAGUUGUGCUCAUAAGUCAAAGACUACCUAUAUAGCGUAAAAGUUUAUCUAUUCUAUACAGAAUAUUUUGUUUGCUGCUUUCUGCCUACAAUACUAUUUUGCAAUACUAAGUUGCUACCAGACAACUUUUGGUAAUUACUAAAUAUUAUCUUUGUUAAUAAAAUAUAUCAUUUGAUAUCUGUUUAUAAUUAUCAGGGGAAAAUGUACUGAUCAGCAAUGUGUACCUUUCAUUACUUGUGCUGGAACUGAGAAGUACUAAAGAAACAAUGGUAACUUUUAAGAAUAGAUGGAUGUUAGAAAAUAUUUAAUGAUUGUAAAGGGGAAAAAAAAGUAGACACCCACAACCAACAAUGUAACAUGUAGUCCCUAACAGUCCCCACUGAAAUUCAGCAGCAAAAACAGUGCUUAAUUAAAUUAAGUGGUGUCUCUAGCUGCAAAAUAUUCCUUUCUCCAGCCCCAAUUGUUGAGUUAGUCUUCUAUAUGGCAGCUAAAUUCAAGGUUUUUCCUUGGCUCUAUGGCAAAAAGGGAAUAGUCAGAAGCAAGAGUUGGCUUUUUAAAGACCUCCAAAAAUUUUCUCAUAAACGAUUAGGAUCGAUAACUUGAAUGUAAACCCUUCCCCUCCCCAUUUCCUUAUUACAGCAUAAAUGCCUAAAUGUUUGUUCUAUAUCUUUUAGAUCCUCUCGUACUCCAGUGCAACUUUCUCAGGAGACAAAAGAAACUGUCAAUGAAGUCAUUAUUUUUCGUACCCUAUUUCUAUUUCAUAUCUCCUCCUAAGUACGAGCAAGAAAAGGAAAAAGAUUUAGAGACCAAAGUUUUUUUUAAAAAGCCCAAGCUACCACACGCUCCGGCUUUGAACAGCACUGGGAGGCGGUGCCAAGUUUUGUUUUCAGUUCGCGCCGAACUGCAACCAGAGCCUACUGCCCGGCGGGAGGAAACGAAGCGAGUCAGGAAAGAAACCAGUUGAAGGCGUGGGGUGGGGCCUAAGCGGACCCCCGCGCUCCCCAUUGGCCCGAAAGCCCGUUGCUCAAAAGGCGAAACUUUGGAGGCUGCCCUGGAUCCGCCCCGAGCUCCCUUUCUGUGAGAUGAAAACUUUCUGGCAGCCUCGGUGGGUGGAGGGAAAUAAAAAAAAAUGCUCAAGAUGGCGGAAAAUUUAAAAGAUUGUACUGUUUGCUGCAAGUCAACUUGGUCCAAUCUCCAGGAUAUUUGUAGAUUGGAGAAGCUGUGUUGCUCUUCCUUGGGCAUUACCAAAAAAAACCUCAGUGAUUUUGAAGUAGAAUAUCUAUGUGAUUAUAAGAAAAUCCGGGAUGAGGAAUUCUAUUUGGUGAAGUGGCGGGGCUAUCCUGAUUCAGAUAAUACCUGGGAGCCCCGAAAGAAUUUGCGAUGUAUCAGCAUUCUCAAGCAAUUCCACAGAGACCUAGAACAGGCAUUGAUCCGGCGUGGUAGCAAGCUCAAAAAGAAUAUGCGCUUACUUGAUCAAGGAAUUUCCAAUUAUUUGGUUCAGAAGGCCAAACAGAGGCGAGCUUUGCAGCAUUGGGAAUAUGAGCUCAAUGCCAAACGCAACCACAAGGGACGAAUUGUGGUAGAAAACGAGGUAGACUUGGAUGGGCCUCCCCGGGACUUUGUCUACAUCAAUGAGUAUAAAGUUGGGGAGGGUAUCACUCUCAACCAGGUGGCUGUAGGCUGUGAAUGUUCAGACUGUCUGUCAGAAGCAGCAGGAGGAUGCUGUCCUGGUACCUCACACCAUAAAUUUGCCUAUAAUGAGUUGGGCCAAGUGAAGAUCAAGGCUGGCAUGCCCAUCUAUGAGUGCAAUUCUCGCUGCAACUGUGGUAUUGAUUGCCCAAACCGUGUAGUACAGAGGGGCAUUCGUUAUGACCUUUGCAUUUUCCGGACAGAUAAUGGACGUGGCUGGGGUGUACGUACAUUGGAGAAGAUCCGCAAGCACAGCUUUGUCAUGGAAUAUGUUGGAGAGAUAAUCACAUCAGAAGAAGCUGAACGACGGGGUCAGAUUUAUGACCGACAGGGUGCCACUUAUCUGUUUGACCUGGACUACGUAGAAGAUGUAUACACAGUAGAUGCUGCCUAUUAUGGCAACAUUUCACAUUUUGUUAAUCACAGUUGCAACCCCAAUCUACAGGUAUACAAUGUUUUUAUUGAAAAUUUGGAUGAACGACUGCCACGCAUUGCUUUUUUUGCUACUCGAUCUAUCAGAACUGGUGAAGAACUCACAUUUGACUAUAAUAUGCAAGUGGAUCCAGUAAAUGCAGAAAGCACAAGGAUGGACUCUAAUUUUGGCCUUGUGGGAAGUCUGGCUGGCUCACCGAAGAAGCGGAUGCGAAUUGAGUGUAAAUGUGGCACAGAGUCUUGUCGAAAAUAUCUUUUCUAGUUCUUUGCUAGUUAAUUUUUCUUGGAAGAUGUCUUGUGAAGCCUGGAUUGGAAGCCCAAGCUGGCUGUUGAAAGAUUGCAGACAGAGGCUAAGAGUCAGGAACUUACCUGCUUGAAGAGUAAAUGAUAAAGCCUAGAACUGCAAGAGGGCAGUAAUCCACAUUUCUUGGGCUCUAUGGCACUGACUUGGCUGCUUCUGAUUCUUAUGGAAACAUGGGUGUGGGACAGUCUCUUCAGCAGGUGGACAGAUUGCUUGACUUUAUCUUGCUGCUGAGAUGCUUGCUGGAAAAACUACAGCAUAGAACAGAACUCCUUUCAUAAGUCUGUGCUUAUCUUAUCUGAACCCUCAACUACAGCUUACUGUUUAAAGCCUUAAAUGCGAAGACAAGGAACUGGCUAAUUUUUCAGGUUUUAUUCUGAAGGACAAAAAUAUUAAUUUUCUGUAAGAAGCACUUCCUAACCACCUUACUGGUAGGUGGGAAAUCAAAGCCGUUUUCUUCUUCCUGUGCACAGAUUUUGUAUUACCUCAGUGUGCCAUAUGACUGCUGUCCAUUUUUACAUAAUUGCUACUUGAAGUCGCACUUAGAAACCAUCAUGGAGUUAAGCUCUAUGCAACCUGAAAAAGCAACAAUGUCAUCUUUUUAAUUAAUGAAUUUGUUUUUAAAGAAAAUGUUUAUAAUUUUUUAAUGGGUUGGGGCAAAAACUAGCUUCUGGAGAUAGUUGUAUUUUUGAAGAUGUUAAGAAGUUCUUGAAGUAUGACUGCUGAACUGAAUUAGUUGUCUGGAUUCUUUAUUCUGUGUUUUAUAACUUACUGUUCCUUUUAAAAAAAUUUUUUUCACUACAGUAAUGUAAAGAAAAUAGAGUUUAGAAACAGCUUUAGUCUAACAGAAAUAGGAGAAACAUAUAAUCAGAGUUGCCAAAUCAAAUCACUUGCUUUUGGACUUCAGUUUUUAUAAAUACAAAAAGUGAUAUUAUAGAACAGGAACAUUUAUGUUUGGCACAAGAAAGUGAGGCUUUAAUUUCUUUGGUUUUUAUACAUUAGAAUAAUAUAAUUGGAAGUGAACAUUUAGACCAUUGAGUCCAAGCCCCUGCUCAGUCCCAAAUCAAAAUGAAAGCAUCCCUGACAAAUAUCUAUCCAAUCUUUGCUUGCGUAUAUCCAGCGGUAAUGUUUUUGUUUUGAAGCACGAUGAGCAAUAAAAUUUUUGCUGCUUGAUCCUGUUAGGAAGAAAAUAGUAAACAAAUAAAAUGGGGUGCUUAAAACUGCUCAAGGUGUAUUCCCCUAUAGAAGGGAAAAUAAGGAUACUAGAUCUCAGUGUUCUUUUGAACAUUUGCAUUAAAUAUAAAAAGGUAUACAAAGAAAAACAUUUCAGGGAUAUUAUGUACCUUUUUUCAAAUGAGAGCCUGGACUUAGGUGGCUCACCAACUUCAUUCAAAAAGAGUAGCAAAAUGAGAGUACAUUUUGAUAGGUUUUUUAAAAAAUAUUAAAUAUUUGGGUAUAAUUUAUUAUCUGUAUCGGAAUACAGUCAUUUUAGUAGGUACUGUAGUCACAUUUUCCUUAUUGGGGACCAUACUUUUUACUUUAAAAAAAAUACCUCUGGGGAUGAUAGUGAUGCAGAAUUUUCAGCAGAGAAAUUAAGGCUGAAUUUUUGCACUUUUGUGGGAACUGUUUCAAAUAGAUGCAUUAUGCCUACAAGAAGUUCAAUAUGUUUUAUAGCUUUAAUUCAUUAAAAGGAGAAAUGCUGAGAAAAAUGAUUUUUGUAUUGCUGAAAUUCAACAGUUUUAGAGCUUGGAGACUGUAAGAGUUAAGUCGGGGCAGGCAUACGCUUGCCUUGAUAAAAGCAGCAUGUACAUAUGCAUAAUCAUUAACACACUUUGGUAUUAUAUCCAAGUUCACAGAAAAUAAUCCUUUUCAAAAAUGAUUUGACCAUAUUAAAAAUGUACUGAUUUCUAUUAUCUUCAAACUAUACAUUAACAGUUGAUGCAGAAAAAGAUAAUUAGGGAAUUGGGCACCUCUAUUAAAGAUAAGUUAAAGUGAAAUAUAUAGAGGGUUUUAAAUCUGCAAAAAAAAAAAAAAAAA